AUGAAUAGCACACACGGAGAGGAAUUAACCGUGGGCAUCAAAGAAACAGAUGGCACUUCUCCAGUUCUCUUGUCUUUCAUAUGGUUCGGCAUGUUUUUGUUGGCAAUUGCCGUGAGUCUGGCUGGACAGACAAUGCUGUCUUAUCAGCCAUAUGCCCUCUCUGAGUUCAAUCCUCAUAGCAUGAUCUCAGUAAUAGGAACAAUUCAAUAUAUAUUAUAUGCAAUUGUUAGGCCAGCUUUAGCGAGGGCGGCGAAUAUAUGGGGACAACUCGAAGCAUUUAGCUUGUCCAUCGCGGCGAUAUUACUUGGGUUUGCAAUUGACGCGGCUUCUCAGAAUAUAGGAGGGUUAGCGGCUGGGCAGAUUCUCUAUACGAUUGGACAAGUUGGCAUACAGUUUCUACAGCAACUCCUUGUAGCCGAUAUUACAACGUUGGAAAAUCGAUCCAUCCUUGGAAGUCUUAUUUUAUCCCCUACAAUAUUUACUUCUUGGAUCGCAGCUCCUAUUGUCAGCACCAUGGCUCCCACAAGGUGGAGAUGGGGAUACGGGAUGUGGGCGAUAAUAUUUCCCAUCAUUUCUCUACCACUUUUAUUUUCCCUUUGGCGACAAAAAAAGUAUACCCGUAUUCUGGAAUCUAAGGAUACGCAUCGAAAGUCGGAGAGUAUUUCUGCUCUCUGGUCGCAACUUGACGUUGCCGGACUUGUUAUUUUGACAGCUAGUUUAACUUUUGUCUUACUCCCGAUGACAUUGUCAACUUCGAUCUUCCGCUCAUGGUCCUCGCCUAGGAAAAUAGCUAUGAUUACUGUUGGAGGGUGCUGCUUUAUUGCCUUUUUAAUCUAUGAGCUUUACGUUCCAACUCGCCCACUCAUUUUGCUCAAGCUUGCAAAAAAUCGAACCAUUGCAGCGGGAUGUAUAUUACAGUUUGUCCUCUAUCUAAGCUUUUAUAUUUGGGCACCGUAUUUCUACUCAUUCAUCGUCAUUGUCAACAAUCUCUCUUCUAAGGCGGCCACAAACAUCACCGCAGCCCAAACAGUUGCAAUCGCUGUUAUUGGACUUCUGGCCGCCUUUCUUGUCAGAUUAACAACCCCAUGUAAGUGGGUUAUUAUGCUUGGCAUGGUAUCAAAACUAGUCGGCGCAGGACUCAUGCUACGAUACUCCAAUACUACAGCAAGUACUAUACAGAUUCUAUUCGGUCAGCUUGUUUCCGGUGCUGGGACCGGCAUGAUAUCUAUCAUUGCGCAGACUGCUGUACAGGCCGUAACACCACGUCAAGACGUUGCAUCGGUUACAACUUUAUAUGAAGUCUGUGGCGCGAUUGGGGGAGCAGUUGGUAAUGCCAUCUCCGGUAUUGUCUGGACAUCACUUCUUCUCUCUCGGCUUCGAGCAAACCUCCCCGCAACAGCACAAUCCGCAGCAGUGGAAAUCCAAAACUCCUUUUUGGUAGCAUCGUCAUAUUUGCCUGGUAGCUCUGAGAGAAUUGCCAUUGACAAGAGCUAUACGGAAGUGAUGCAUGUCCUUCUUAUUGUAGCACUGGCAGUGCUAUCAGUCCCAUUCUUUGCAAUGUUUUCAAUGGAGAAUAUAAAACUAAAGGAGAUUGAUAUGGAACAAGAAUAA